AGAGAAGCGGGAAAGAGAGAAGGACAAAAGGAUAGAACUGGCAGUGGCAGGUGAGAGAAAAGUAGCAAUUUCACGAGCCUAUCUAAUCUCUAAGCAUCAGCCAGCAGCAGUAGCAGUUUCAUGGAAUCAUGGCGAUGAUAUGAUCGUCAUCAUCGAACCGUCCUCUUAAAAGAUAAAGAAAUGAUCUACUGCUGACUGCUGGCAAAAGGUAAGUAAAAGAUUCACGGAUUUGAUCGAGCUAGUCAUCUUCCUCUUCCGUCUCUAUCUAUCCAACCUAACAACUGAACAACUCUAUAUCUCUCUCUCUCUUCUUUAAUCAUGUGGUCCUUCUAUCGCCACGUCCUGCCGUCCUGAAUUACUGCCAGUUCGAUUCAUCUCUCGGCCGGCGACUUUACUCCUUUUAGCAUUAUAAUGUGAUUUUCUCUUCUUUUUAAACUGUUUGAAUGGAUCGAGUUGCUAUGACGGUUGGCUUAGGGAUGGAUAUUCCGAUUAUGCAUGAUAGCGAUCGUUACGAACUUGUUAGAGAUAUUGGCGCUGGAAACUUUGGUGUCGCUAGGUUGAUGACUGAUAAACAUACCGGUGAACUCGUCGCCGUUAAGUAUAUCGAGAGAGGCGAGAAGAUAGAUGAGAACGUGCAGAGAGAAAUCAUCAACCAUAGAUCUCUUAGGCAUCCAAAUAUUGUGAGAUUCAAAGAGGUCAUAUUAACACCUACACAUUUGGCGAUUGUAAUGGAAUAUGCAUCUGGAGGAGAGUUAUUUGAGAGAAUAUGUAAUGCAGGACGUUUCAGCGAGGAUGAGGCACGUUUCUUCUUCCAACAAUUGAUAUCAGGAGUCAGUUACUGUCAUUCAAUGCAAGUAUGCCACCGUGAUUUGAAAUUGGAGAACACAUUAUUGGAUGGAAGUACUGCUCCACGACUUAAGAUCUGCGAUUUUGGAUAUUCCAAGAAUUCUGUAUUACAUUCUCAACCAAAGUCGACUGUUGGAACACCUGCAUAUAUAGCUCCUGAAGUUUUACUCAAGAAGGAAUAUGAUGGGAAGAUGGCAGAUGUGUGGUCGUGUGGAGUAACCUUGUAUGUGAUGUUGGUGGGUGCAUAUCCGUUUGAGGAUCCAGAGGAACCUAAGAAUUUUCGGAAGACAAUACAGCGAAUUUUGAAUGUUCAAUACUCCAUUCCAGAUUAUGUGCACAUAUCCCCUGAAUGCCGACAUCUUAUCUCAAGGAUCUUUGUAGCUGAUCCCUCUAAGAGGAUUACUAUUCCAGAGAUAAAAAACCAUGAAUGGUUUCAAAAGAAUCUCCCAUCGGAGCUGAUAGAUGAGAGAAACAAUUUGAAUAACGAAUUUGACGAGUCGGAUCAACCGACACAAAGCGAGGAGGAAAUUAUGCAAAUAAUUAACGAGGCAACAAUACCUGCAGCAGGAACACAGAGGUCGAAUCAGUAUUUAACAACCGGCAGUCUGGAUAUUGACGAUGAAAUGGACGAAGAUCUCGAUACAGAUCCCGAGCUCGAUCUGGAUAGCAGUGGUGAGAUCGUCUACGCAAUGUGAAGAAAAG